CUCUGACGAGAUAUUAUUCGGAAAGGAAUCGAAUCGAACUCCAACGCUCGCAACAAAAUCGAUGCCUAAAGGCGACAAAAACAGAGGUACGAAAUCCGUGACCAUAGGCUUUUGAAUUUUUCUUCUUCGAAAUACAACACCGCACCUUCCAGGAAGCCUGCUCGAAAUUCUAUCCCAUCCCUUCCUAUCCUGCCGUACUAAAAUAUUAUUCCAUCCUCUUCUCUUCUACUCCGAUUCAUUUUAUUUCAAUGCAUCCCAUCCAAACGAUCAAUAGCAUGAAUAGCAUGUUGCCGAUCAUAAACGACCAAUCCAAUCGGUCCGUUCAAGCCAUUACAGUUGGAUUUGAUGGCGUGGUUCGAGCUGCUGGAGACAACAGCAGAAAUAUCGACAGCACCAGAAGCAUCGACAGCACCAGCACCAGAAGCACCUUGAGUGACAGCAACACAACCGGACAUAGCUACACCGAUAGCAACAUCCACGGCAAACACAGCACAAACAACAACGGCAAUAACACCACCACCAACACCACCAAUAACAACGACAACAACGACAACAACAGCUACACGAGCAACACGAACAACACGAACGACACCAACAGAGGCGAUGGGGUCGCUGCCCUUGGUUCCGAAGUCGACUACGAGUACAACCAAUCAGUUGGCGACACUUACCGCAAAAACAACACGGUGUCGUUUUUGGAUGCCUCAGCAGCUGCAAGCGCUUACGGUUACAACAACCAAUUCAACAGUAACCGAAACCUCCAAGACAGCGGACAAAGAAGCGACAGCUUCCACACGCCCUUCCGUCGGCGCUCAUCCCUGAGCGAAAGGGAAAGACUUGAUAAGCUGCACGAGAAUGAUCCCUUGGAAUUUACAAACUGGGGUGGGAGAAAGGCCAUAACCCGCCAGACUAGCAUCUGGCGGGUAGGCAAGGAGAAGGCCCCCCAGCUUGGGGGGUCCAAUCAGAAGUUCGACUCGGACUCAGGCUCAAAGCUCUCAAUCAAGUUUGAGGAAGAGGGCAGGAUGCCAAAGCCCAGUGUCUGGGCGCGUACCGUUCGCUUCUUCCAAAAAGACAGUUCCUACGAGGGGCUAAUCAAGAAUGACCAGCUCCGGGAGCAAAUCGCGGAACAAUGCGAAGAACCAUUCUACCGUAUCCUCUUCCACUUUAAGGGGACCGUUCUGAAGGUGAUCGCGACCGAUAUUUUGUUCUGGAGCACAAUUGCUGUAAGUGCGAAGUGACCUUGUGCUGCGCGGCGUUCUGCAGUCUUUUGCAGAUUCGAUUAGAACGCUAUCCUAUCUCUUUGUGGUCUUGAUUUUUUUAUUCAACUCAGCACAAAUCAAAUCAAAUCAACUCAUCUUACCUCAUCUCAUCUCAUCUCAUCUCAACCCAACUCAACUCAACUCAACUCAACUCAACUCAACUCAACUCAACUCAACUCAACUCAACUCANCAACUCAACUCAACUCAACUCAACUCAACUCAACUCAACUCAACUCAACUCAACUCAACUCACACGAUGGGAAAUGUUUUUGUUUCCUUCCUCUUUUCUUUGUGGCUCUCAUUCUUCAUCUCCAUAGAUAUUUAUUGGUAAUCGUUGGUACAUUCGAUUCACAGACCUCCAAGAAAAUGUUGAAAUUUAUGAGAACCUAGCUUCAAAUCUUGUCUAUGUUGGUGGUUUCAUGACCUUCUUUUUGGUCUUUUAUGUGAAUCAAAACCACGCCCGUUAUUUUGAACUGCACAAAGAGUCAAUGGUGUUGAUGGGGCGUGUCAACGACGUGGCAACAAUUUCAAAGGCUUGCAUGCCCAUCGAACGGGCUCGUCGGAUUGUCCGCUACAUGAAUAUAGCCCACAUCUGUACCUACACCGGGCUGUCAGAAUACUACAGCAGGGACAAUCUUCUUGAUCCUUUGGACCAGCGGUUUGCCCUACUGACCGAUGCCGAGUACCAGCGCAUCACGGUUGACAUCAAUGCCGAUUGCGGGCCACAGGCGGUUUUUGAGGUCCUGGCAUGGGCAAUGAUGGAUAUUCGGGAAGCAAAGAACCAUGGGUGUAUCGAUCCUAUGGAGGCAAAGCAGCUGCGGGAUCAGGUCCUGCAGUUCCGGAGCACCGUUGCAAAAAUCUUCGUCACCUGCACGCUGCCGAUUCCGUUCUUUUACAUCCAUUUCCUAUCGCUGCUAACUGUGUGCUAUCUACCCCUCUUUGCCAUUGUGGUUGCCCAUGAAACAGGGGGCAGCAAUGCAAGCUGGCAACACGAGGUACUAUCGUUGCUGGUGGUGGCCCUGCAGGCCCUGUUCACGAUCGGUCUGAGGUCGCUGGGUCAGAAGCUGAGUGAUCCUUUCGGGAGUGACACGAUCGAUUUGCAGGUGGCACGGUACGUCUUGAUGAUUGUGAAAGGGUCGAACCAGAUCCUUAGCGCCACUAAGGUGCCAGGGGUCUCGCGGAUCGUGGAACGAAAGCUGAAGGAAGACAUGACCUUCAUUGGAAAAGCCUACGAGCGUACCGAAGAUGACGAAGGAAACAUCUGGUUGUAACCAAAGGGAGAAUGGAAUUCAACCACAGUCCAAUUAUAUGAUAUUUCACACACGGUGAUGAUACAGUUUCACGACAUUAGUCUUGUGGAGCGGUAGAAUUCAAUACUCAUGACACGAUAGUUUGAUCUUCGAACUUAAACUAAACGAUUCACUGAUAU